UCAGCACCCUGGAGAAACAAAACAAGCGCGCCCAGCUCAUACGGGACAAGAUGGUGCUGGCCGAGCGCAACACCACGGACGUGGUGCGGAACGGACGCCGUUCGCGCGGCCCCAGCCCCAACACUCACACCAACGCCGUGGGUGGCGUGGCCAACAGCACCAGCCUCUCCAGCGGCGGCGCCGGAGCGGGUGGAGGCAACUCUGCGAACGCGGCGGCCAUCGACAAGGCCGCCACGGCCGUGCCAGGAGCGGGAACGCCGGAGAGCUCUGACGACGACAACUCCACAAAGCGGAACGGAAAGUCAAAGGCAAAGCAGUCUGAGUACGAAGAAAAGAUUCGCGUGGGCCGCGAUUAUCAGGCAGUGUGCCCACCCCUGGUGCCCGAGGUGGAGCGUCGGCCGGAGUUGAUGAACGAGCGCGCUCUCUUGGUUUGGUCGCCCACCAAGGAGAUCCCGGACAUGAAAUUGGAGGAAUACAUCUCGGUGGCCAAGGAAAAGUACGGAUACAACGGCGAACAAGCCCUGGGCAUGCUCUUCUGGCACAAGCACGAUCUGGAACGAGCCGUGAUGGACCUGGCCAACUUUACGCCCUUCCCCGAUGAGUGGACCAUUGAGGACAAGGUCCUGUUCGAGCAGGCCUUCCAGUUUCACGGGAAGAGCUUCCACCGCAUCCGCCAGAUGCUCCCCGACAAAUCGAUUGCCAGUCUGGUUAAAUACUACUAUUCGUGGAAAAAGACGCGUCAUCGUAGUAGCGCCAUGGAUCGGCAGGAGAAGACCAUCAAGGCGGCCGUCAAGGACGGCUCGGAAAACGGGAGCGAGGUGGGGAGUAAUGAGGAGUCUGACAAUGAUGACAAGAAGGGUAUCGGCAAUGCCAAUGUCAGUGGUGCCGCCGGCAGCAACAGCGGCUCUAACAGUACCAGCAACAGCAACAGUAACACCAGCAAUAAUAAUACCAACAUUAACAACAACAACAACAACAACAACAAUAACAACAACAGCAGCAACAACAACAACAGCAGCAGCAACAACAGCAACAGCGGCGAAAAUAAUGGUGGAAGCAACAGCAGCAGCAACAACAGCAACACCGACAUGGAAACGGACCAGCUGUGCAUCUACUCGGCCAGCACCCAGGGAGACGAGGUGCUGGGCUUCGGUCUCUCUUCCGAGGGGGCCACAACCAACGGCAACAGUGGCGGCGAAGUCGGCGGCGAUCCCAACUCGCCCCGUCGAGUGGUUGUGGGCGGGUUCUGCAAAACUUGCAACGUCGUGUGUCACGUUCUGUUCGAUUCACCGCUGGGGCGCAUGUGCAAGAGUUGUCACACGCACUGGAGGCGAACGGGCAAUAGACGCCCCAUCUCCGGGCCGGAAAGCAACGCGCCACGACGCUCUACGCACAACAGUGCAGCGGCUGCCGACCGCUCCAAGCGCAAGCCCCCGAAGGGAAUGUACAUCAACCACGACGAUCUCACCGCUCUUGCGAGCUGCAGGAACCCCAGCGUGUAUCUGGCCGAACGCGACCGGAGAAUCAGCGCCCUCAUGGCAGAAAUACAGAAAAACCGGCAGCUAAUGGAGCAGCUGGACAAGGAGUGCGACGCCAUUAAUGUCGACGAUGUUGUCUCCAAACCAGCAGCCGCCAACGUAGAGACGGCCGCAGCGCAGCCCCGCAUCUCCAGCCGCUGGUCGCCAGAUGAGACCCAGGUGGCCCUCCUGGCGUUUCGUGAGUACGGCAAGAACUAUCCUAUGAUUGCCAAGUUGGUAGCUACCAAGACAGAAGCGCACGUGCGCACUUUCUACUUGAACAAUCGUCGUCGCCACAAUCUCGAUCAGAUCGUGAAGGAGUACGAGGCUGGGAAGUCCGAGGAUUCUGGAGCAGAGGAACAGGCUGAACCGGCAGUCGAUGUAGCGGCAGCCGUGGCAACAGGAGGAGCAACCGCGGCACCCAGUGCCGUUGAUUCUACUCCAGCAGCUACCAAGCCGUCUACCGAUAGCAGCAACAACGGGGGCGAACCUGUCCAGGAGCCGCUGGCCAAGAAGGAGGAUAAGAAGAAGUCGGAGCUGGUGACUGGCACUUCUAAGCCCAGCGGAAGCGAAGAACCAGCUGGUGCUGAAAGCCCCGCCUCCGCUCUGGCUGGCAGUUCUAUUGCUGCUGCUGCCUCGGUCACUGAUGCCGCCGGCCUCAAGUCGAGCACUGCCACGAUUACCAUCACCGACGAGUCCGACACGGCCACUAAUUCCAGCAGCGACGUGAUCGCCAGUGGCUCCACCGGAACCGCCACUACCAGCGCUAGUACUGCACCCGCCACCAAGUCCGUGGCCAGCAGCGAGGAGUCGUCCACCCCCAAGUCCAUAUCCGCGGGCGGGACAACUGGAGCCGGCCCAGCGUCGAGUCCUCCUAACAAUCCAAACAACAAGCGAGAGAGCGCGCCCAUGAACGCGGCUGAUCAGCCGCCGGCCAAAAAGAUCGGGCUCAGUCCCGCCGUGGAGUUCGCCGGAAAGUAGGGAACUCGGCGGCACUGGGGAUGUAUGACUCGCGAUAUAGAUGCACGCAUUAAAAUAUACCGAUAUACAUUGCUUAUAGUUGGGUAGCGGCCACGAAGACGAAGUGCUCAGCUAGAUGAGCGGAUUCCUUUUAUUUUCUGACCUUUUGAAUCGGCUAAGUUAACAUUUUUCUUUGUCUUCAGUACUUGGGACGCAUUUACUUUACACUAAAAAAGCAUCACGGUUUGAUCUAGAUUUAAAUACGUUAGUUUAUUUUUUGAUACCGGGUAAAAGUGAGUCUAUCUGAUGUGUUGCACGCCGCUACGGCCAACGCGAACGAGUGUUUCGUCGCGGCAGAUGGUUCUUAGAGGGCAUUGUGGAUGCAUCCUUUCCUGUCCCAAUGCCGGCCCACGAAGACCACACACACACAAACCUAAUGAGUAGUAUAUGCAACUGUAGGAGAGUUACUACAAAUGGAUGUAGUAUUAAAAUAAUUUUAAUAACGAAUUGUAAACGUGUAAAUUAUAUACCUUGCGGUGAAUCAUUUUUUUUUAUGAACUGUAACUUAGCGUAUAGAAAACUAUCUGGGGAGGCCCUUAAAUACAACAGCCAUCGCUUCUUGGUGCGAAGAACAGCAGCACACGAUGGAAAGUCCGAGUUCCAGCCCGAUCUUCAUCCACCCAGUUGCGCACUCCCGUUAGGGGAACUACGGACUGUAACUUAUCCGUGGCAGAACUGCGAGCGAGCCCGUAUGUGUAGCUAUCAGCUAUCCCCGUAAGAGAAAUUACUAAAUAAAGUUAGCGAGAUGUCCGCGUUGCUGCAUCUAUAGUUAUGGGAAUACAUUUAUGUCUGGGUUUUAGUUAAGCAUUUUUUUUAAUACCUUGAAUUUAAUCUAAUGUAUUUGGCUUUCUGCACGACAUACUUUUAAGUUCUGAAUAUUUGUAUACCAAAGUUUAACACAAACUUGAAAAUUUCACGACUUUGGGCAGGUUUGCAUGUUCUCGCGCCUCAACCUAACUAUAUUCUCUUAUUUUAUGAACGUGAAAUACAUAGAUAAUGUAAAAAAUUCAAUAAAAUGUGUAUUAUUUUAAAUAAACCCAGGAAAUAGCAUUCAUA